UGUCACUCCAUAGGCACUUCCGAGGAUGAGACAGAUGUCCUUCGCCAGGAUCAGGGGCACGGGCCCUGGUAGGGUCACACACCUCUGGGCUUGCUCAGAGGAAUAGGACGGAUGAGAGGAUUGUGCGUCUAAAGCGGCUGUGCCCACACCCGUUGCAAGAUGAACUCCUUGACGUCCUCGUGUGCCAACCGCUUCUGUCUUGUCCGAGGAUUCUCUCCCCUCUCCAUCCCCGACCUUCCCGUGACGCACGCCCCUGGGAGCAUCCUGCACCUCGGUCCCCUGGACAUUUUCUGGCGCUCGGGCUUUGACGAGCCAGGCCGCCUCAUCACCUCCACCCUCUCGUGUCGCAUCCCCCUCCCUCCUGCUGCCCCCGCGCCUACCGCACGGUCGAUCGCGCCUCAUCCGCCCGCAUCUGCGGUCCCUCCCUAUUUGCAGGGCAAGGCCAGUGUAUCUGGUGGCGGGCUUACCCGAUCAGGCUCUCCACAGCUACCCAUCGGCGCGCAACCGGCCACGCCCCCCUUAGGACCCGUCCCUGCGCGCACAGGCUCACCAUUCCGCAACCGGCCGGCGAGUGUAGCCCCGAGCGCGUGGCCACAGUCUCCAAGCCUCGUCGGGGCAAACGUACUGGGUAUCCCAGCGCUAGCGCCACCUCCUCCUCCACCGCCCGAUUUCGACGUCGACCUCGUUGUGUGCACCCGGCCGCCGAACCCCACACCCGUCGAGGAGCCCGUCACCCUCGGCUUCAUGCUCUCGGCAUCGGCGCCUUCGCCCCCUCGUUCUUCGACUGCUUCCUAAUCUCCUGCCGCGCACUCGGUUCCCACUCUGUAUUCCGACGGUGAUCUUGCUCAGCUCAACUAUUUUCUCUAUCGUCACCCUCCGUUUGCGCUACCCGAGCAUGCAGAUCAACCGGGCUGGUCACCCCUGCUGACAGCGCUCCCGCUCGGCAAUGGCUUGGAAUAUGUACUU